GCGGAGGGACGACGUAACGAGGAAGUUAGAGCUAGGGAGAGCUAACGAGUGAGUGUGAGCAAGCGAGUGUACUACGAACACGAGCGCGUUUCUGCUGCUGCUGCUGCUGCGUGCCUGUGUGCUACAGCGCAACGCCAUUUUCUGUGCUCGCGGGUGAAGUCGUCGAUUCGCAUUUGUCCGGUUCGGUGCCGUCGUCGCGACGUCGGCCGACGUCGCCCACACGUUGAUCGCCGUAUCGUCUCCUGGCGAGGACACGAUCGGCCUUCUUCUCUCUCCCCUGGUUGCCCGCUCGGCUUCUACGUCCGGGAUAUGCGCGAACACGCGGCGGACAGCCGUGCGACGGAUACGAUGGUCUCGAGAGAGCGGUGAGUGAGUUACCGCGAGGAAGAGCAAGCAGGAGAAACAAGCAGCCGGCAAAAUGCCGCUUCCGAAACGACUAGUGGAGCCCGUACAUGUGGCGCGCGGCACCAUCCCCGAGGACUUCCCGCUGCCGUCGGAGCUCGAAGCAGCCACUAAUGGUACUUUAGCUAAUACAAUCAGACAAUUGUCGAGUCUAUCGAGGCACGCCGAAGAUCUGUUCGGCGAGCUAGCGAGGGAGGCACACGGAUUGAGCGAUCGAGCCAACUCUCUGCAGGCUAGGAUAGAUCGUUUGGCUGUCAAAGUCACCCAGCUAGAUAGUAAUGUCGAAGAAGUCUCGUUGCAAGAUAUACACAUGAGGAAAGCCUUCAAGAGUUCUGUAGUGUUUGAUCAGCAAGUUGUCUCUAGAGACACGAUGCCGACGGCGAUGCUGGAGACCUAUCACCAAUGUGAUACGCCGCCGCCUUUAGACAAGCUUAAUAUUUAUAGAGAGGAUGGCAAGGACGGCUUAAAGUUCUAUACCGAUCCGAAUUACUUUUUUGAUCUGUGGAGUCAGGAGAUGCUCAAGGAUACAGAAAAGAAAUUGCACGAUCGAGGGAAGAAGAGCGAGUCUGAAUAUGCCGAACCGUUCAGAGAGCCGCAUAGGCCUCGGAAUGAAGGUGGCGGCGGAGGUGGCGGCGGCAGGCACAAGAAGCGCGUGAGACAGCCGCACAAUACAAGGGAACGGCAACGGCAAUUGGCUGUCGGCCACGGCGAGUAUAUCAUGCCGACGCAGACGGUGCAGUAUAGGGCGCCGCAUAAUGUGCAGCCCGGCGAUGACACGCUACUGGGAAUGGUGAUGACAGAUCCUAGGCCGCCCAGGCCUAACAGUAUCGAGCUGCGGCGGAGUUAUCCCCCGGAAGAGCAGCAUCUCUACAGCCCACCGUCUUCCGACUACAGGGCAACGAACUACAUAGCUCAAGGUUAUGAUGAGAACUCGUACGGAUCGCAUUAUGCUCCGGGUCAGGUGCCGGCCGGCAGUGAAACGUAUCAGAGUCCUGGUCAGAGCACUCCAAGCCGUGGCGGCAGAUCGCGGCCGUCGCAACCGCCACCGGCGCCACCGAGUAACGCUUCCAGCAAUUCUACGCCCACGGUAGCGUCCGCCAACAACACCCCCACUAGAGGAAGAUCCAUGAGCACCGGUAGAGACACUCUACCGCCGCCGCCUCCACCGCCAGGAGAAACCAUGUCUCCUCCUUCCAUGAACGGUUCCAUACCGUCACAUUUGCUGAAUAGGAACGGAAGUCGGACGGACAGUCCUCUACCGAGUCAACGCUCGACACCGACGCCGCCGAACCAUUCUGGCCAAUUGGGCAUGGAUGAAACCGAUCCGGCGGUACCCCAGGAUCUUCCGCCGCCUCCACCUACUCCGGAUCCUACCCCUCCGAGACCCAUCUCUCCUCCAUGCAACAUUCCGCCACCACCACCGCCGCCUCCUCCUCCGCCGGUUGUCAACGGCCCGACGGCGCCAUUGCCACUUACGAAUGGCGACAUCGCGAAAAUGAUCGCGACGAAUCCGCCGAAGCUGAAACCUCUGAAGAGCAUUGUGGACGGUCAAUUAAGGAAGCCUGUCAAUCCGAAUAUUCCUUUGGUCGAUCCGCGAAACGAUCUGCUCAAGGCGAUUCGCGAUGGAAUAAAGUUACGCAAGGUGGAAAAGAUCGAACAGAAGGAGGUGGAGCGUGUGAAUGCGCUCAACGACGUUGCAUCCAUUCUGGCACGUCGCGUUGCUGUCGAAUUCAGCGACAGCGAUUCGGCAUCGGAGAGCGAGUGUGACAGCGAGGGAUGGGGCGAACAGGAGAGCAAUUUGGCGUGACCCAACUCGCUUCAAUCCGCCGCCGUUACUGCCUCUUAAAGAAAUGGCCGAUAAUUCUUUCAUUUUGACAUGUCAUCUCAAUGCUCCGUCGUGCUAUAGCAAGCUGAUCUAUUUGGUUCGUUUGUUAUCUUUAUGACCAACUUUUCAUUUUUGAGGAUCUGUAACGUUCACAUAUUAAUUUAAAUACGCGUUGCAUAUUUAAAAGUGGAUAGCCUCCAGAAUUAUAUGGUAAAUUCUAAGUUAUAAGAUUACAAACCUACACGAUUCUCUCAACAGAGAUCAUUUGGCACAAAGGAUACGUCGCAAUGUGAAGGUCUUAUAUACAAUACAUUAAUUUAUUAUCGUUCAUAAACAAAGGCAAUAUAUUUUAGUUUUUAGUAUAUUCGCUUCUUUUCUCGCGUUAUUAAUACGAGAGAAUUUUAAGAGACAUUGUAUUGAUUAUUGGUUUAUUAAUUUUUUACAUUGAGAGUAAUUUACUAAAAAAUAUUUGUUUUGGAAAGGAUGAAAAGAUUCAAAUUUCGAAAAAAAAAUUUUUUUAAAGGAAUCUCCAAAAUUUUAUGAUUUCAUGGAAUUAUCGUCAAUCAUAGUAUCUUUCUAAGUUUUACAAGUUAAUUCGCAAUAUUGAAUGGACUGGCGAGCCAACCAAUCGUCAUGCAAUAGAACCGUUUAAUUUAAUCACUGUCCUUAGAAUGUUCUCGAGGACGCGCCAAUUACGGCCAAUUUAAUCGCGAGCGUAGCUUUCACCGAAUCGCGAUUCGAGUUUUGAACUCGUGAGCUUGCAAGAGUAUACAAUGCCAAGCUCACGCACUAAGUUAAUAAUAGAAGAUGCUGUUGAUCCAGGUUAGAGAAUCUUGGAUAAACAAGGAAAUCCUGAAAACAAACCCAUUGAUAGGUUGAACGCCGCAUUUUUUUGAAAUUGUACACUUUGAAAUAAAAUAUUUUGCAUAUUUCUCUAUGAUCAGCUCAAAAAAAGAAUUUAGAGAUAUUAAUAUUGAAAAUUAAUAAUGUAUAUUAUUUUUAUAAUAUAUUAUAUUAUUAAUUAUAAUAUAUUAUUAUUAAUUAUACAAUUCUAUAUAAAUUCAUCGAUUAAAGAUAUAAAAUAAAUAUUGAUAAAUAAAUAUAUUAAAUUUUUUAUUAAAUAUUUUUAUUAAAUUAUUUUAGUAUUCACUUGUAUUUAGUAUUUAUAAUUGACACAUAAUUCUGAUUACAAUAAUCAUGUUGCGAGGCGUUCAAGCUAUCGACGGAAUAAGCAUAUGGAGAAAAUGCACAUCAACUUGCCGAAGUCGUGGCUCCCCGAAUAGAGCGACUUCCUUCCCGGCACAUUCCAUAACGACAAUGUACGAAGAUACACGACGAUCGUACACUCACAUAAACAUUUGUAAUAAUAAUAAUAAUAAUAAUAAUGAUAAUAACGAUAAAAAAUAGUAAUAAUAAUAUAUAAGCACAUCUCUCUACUUACCCCAUAGACGAGCGCUCCGCGUUAAUGCAUACAUAAUCGAUAAGAUGAGUUAAACCAAAAGGUGCAGGCGUUAGGAUGUACUCUCGUGAGCGAGAUUAUAAGAUAAACUUCUUAAUCUAAAAGUAUGUUUCGUAUUCAUGAGAGUGAGUCUUGAAACUUUUAUCCUUCUUCGCAUUUCCGAGUCACGAUCUUCCAUACUGUGGUGCAGAUAGAAACGUAGUACAAGAUGAUAAAGUAAUCGCAUCGUUUCGAAUAUAUCUUUUUUAUUUCUGCAUUUACUUAUUUUUUUUUAACAAUGUUUAUAUAUGUCAAUAUGUUAUUUUAGACGCAUAAUAUAAAUGAUAAUCAUAUUUACGACGAACAUCUCAAAUUUUUAAGAAAAAGAAAAUUGAUUUUUGUUUUUAAAUAUUCAAACGAGGUGACUACUUUUGCCGCAUCUUCUGCGUGGAAACCACAUAUGUAGUGUCGAGAAACCAAAAUACUCUGUUAAAUAUAGAACAUUACGUCUAAAUGCGCGAGAAAGGAUUAAUAUUUUUUAGCAUAUUCAUUAACUUGAUGGCGAAAAAAGACAGGAGAAAAAAAAUAUAUAUGCAACAUAUAAUAUAUAUGUUGUUAACGCAGGAGCAUAAUUGCCAAUCGGUGGGUAACGGGGAGGAAGAAAUAUACGAUUGUGAUUUAUUUUGCAUCGAUGUUGACGAAGCACGACGACGACGAUUCUAGAUAAGACAGUAUACAUAUAUAUACAGAUAUAUAUAUAUAUAUAUAUAUAUAUAUAUAUAUAUAUAAUAUUAUAGUAUAUAUAAAAAAAUAUUGAUUGUUAAGAUUGCUACGAAAUCUUACGGUGGUGACGGAAAAGAAGAGCGUUCUUUUUCCGCUACUUCCAGGAGUUUCCUCGAGAAUAAGGUCUGUAAAUUUUCUUGUAUGUACUAUUGCGAAUUUUCUGUAAGUAACGCGAAAAUGGAGCGAGCAAUUCUGUUGGACCAGAUACGUGGACACUCGCAAGAUUUACUUGCAAACAAAGAAAAUUAGACAAAUCCAGAAAUUUUCUGGCUUUAUGAUAUAAAGUUUUCUUAGAAAAGCUCUAAUAUAUAGUCAAUUUUGAGUUUUUCUUAGAAAAUUCAGUAAAGUGAAUUUUGUGUUUAAUGUGUACGCAUUUUUCCUUUAUUUUAUAAAAUUAAUGUAAAUUAUUAUAUUAUUAUUCACCGGUUAUCUUCUGGUUUUUAGGUAACUUUAUUUUCUCGUCAACUUAAUUGACUCGAACCACGUAACUGUAAUUAUAUUUAAUGUUUCAAUUGUGUAUAAAAUAUAUUAUGUGAAAGCGAAAUAUAUGGCAACGAUGUGUGUAUGUACAUUUAUGCGAAUCUAUAAGAACACAGGAAGCUAUAAGCUAGAAUAUAAUAUUAAUCAAUUUCUACAUACGAGGCUCGCUGAGGUGACAAGUGAACUGCCUGACGAUUCAAGCUCAAGUUUAAUUUAUUUUGAAAUGUGAACAAAAUCACAAAGUAAAGAGAGGAUUUAGAUAAAACAAUUUCAUGUAGAUUAAACAAACUAGAUUAAUUCUAUUAAUCAUUUUCAAUUUCCGGAAUUUAGAUAAAUAUUAUUCUGUCUGUAUUAAUUCCCUUGUAACAGCCAAAGACAUUUUAUGAACGGACUAUUAUAUCGUUCACUUCACAAAAAUAAUUGAUAGAUGAUUUUGUUUAACUUUCUGGAUGUAUUGUACUUUUCAGAUAUCUAUUUUUUAUUUGAAUAAUAUUAUAUACACGGGAUGCACCAACAUUUCUUUUAAAGAUAGCUCCUUUAUUACUUAUAUUUUUUUUUUUAAUUGUGGAUCCUAUCCACACAGCGUAUAUAUUUUUUCGAAAUAGAUUUAUUAGUUUCACGAAAAUAUUGGCGCAUCCGUUAUACACGCGUAGUGCAGAUCGAAAUUAGAUGUAAGAAUACUAGACGUAACAAAUAUUCUUUACUAUCUCGCCAAUUUACGAUACAGUAUUUAUCGAAAGUUUUUUCUAAGACGAAAAAGAAGAGAACGUGUAAAACGGGGUUCUCUUUUGGAAUGUAAGCUUCUCGAUAUCGUGCAUUUAUAUGAACGAAAUAAAUGUAACUAUCAUCAUUCGUCUCAAAACCGCGCUUUCCUAUAAAUUAUUGUAAAGCCGUUGUACCUAUGUGUCCACGGGUAUUCCAAAGCUUAUAUAAAAUAAAGUAUGCUCGAGGUAUAUAGUUGAUAAACGGUCGGGGUUCAUCAAAUCGAUCUAACUCGAGAAAAGAAAAAAAGAAAGAUGAUAAAGAAGGAGAAUACGAUCUCGCCUCGAAUCUGUCUCCGGCAAAGAUCCAUCCAGGAUAUAUGUGAGCAUCAUUUACCCACACCGUUACAAAUAUACGAUGGUAUUAUUAACAAUAAUAAAUUUGUAGCAAAUCUGUACAGAGCCAAAUAAAUCAAAAAGGUUUCGUAAAUA